AAUUCGGACAACAAAACGUCUAUCUAUCUCUAUCGCCGCCCCAAUCUUCGGAAGCCCUCAUUUUGAAAAUUUGGUUCCAUUUUGACCUACUCUCUGUCGUGUUAGCUCCCAAUUCGCGAUAAUGUCGUCAUCGUUGGAUUCUUAGAUUUUCUAUAGUCCUUAUUUCAAAGGUUAAUUAAGAGGGGAAGAUUUGAAUCGACUCGGGUAUUCUUGCUUUGCGUCGCACAUCACAUGGAUGGAGCUAGGAGGAAACGUGUUGGAGCCACUGUGAAACGAUCGAGAGGUAGAAGAGCAAGUGAGGUUGAUUUGAUAAGCGAUUUGCCAGAUUCACUGCUAUGUCAGGUACUCUUGAAACUUACCACUAAGGAUGUCGUUAAGACUAGUAUUUUAUCUAGAAGAUGGAGAGAUCUCUGGAAAUGCGUACCUCGAUUGGACUUGGAUGGUGAGGAUUUCUUUGAAGGACGCUGGUAUACGGAUAGCGGCAUGGCCAAUUGCGUGAGUUUUGUCGAUAGAUUUCUGGGUCUUCACAGAGAGUCGUGCUUGGAAAGUUUUAAGUUUAGCUGCCUUGGUGAUGGGAAUCGUGAGCCUGAUAAUGCUCUUAUCUGGCGGUGGAUGAGCACUGUCCUCGACCUGAAAGCUAAACAUAUCGACUAUACCGAAGAUGCAUAUGAGAGUGCUGAGCCUCAGAUACCUCCAGCCAUUUACACUUGUCAGAAUUUGGUAUCCUUACGGCUCUCCCGCGUAACCAUGUCGUCCAGUCCCGAGUUUGUUUCUUUACCUUCUCUCAGAGUUCUCGAUCUAAGUUAUGUUGAAUACCCCGACCAUUUGACUAUGGAAACGCUCAUCUCAGGCUGCACAACUCUUGAAACCUUAAAUAUUGAUAGGGAUGGCUAUGAUCAACUACCAGUUUUACGAGUCUGUUCUCAGUCUCUGUUGAGCUUCACUCAUAAUCAGGACAAGACCAUUGACGAGGAUUCUAUGGUAGAUACAUCUAUUGUAAUUGAUGCUCCUAGGCUUAAGUUUCUGAAGCUACGGGAUGAUCGAACUGCAAGUUUCAUAAUAAAAAAUUUCGGUUGCCUUGUUGAGGUGGAUCUCGAUAUUGUGUUUAGCUUGUCUGAUGGAAGCAAUUUUGAUCUACCAAAGAAAAAUAUGAUUCGUAAUUUUCUCGGUAGCAUCUAUCUCGUCAAAGAUAUGAUCAUCUCAUCCAGUACUCUUGAGGUCAUCUAUGAGUACUCUAGAUGUGAACCACUGCCCUUAUUCUGUAACCUGUCUUCCUUGCGUGUGGAUUCCACCCACAAGAGUUGGGAAAUGUUGCCAAACUUUCUUGAGAGUUGCCCAAAUCUGAAAUCUCUUGUCCUGGAAUUUAGACAUUAUCUGGACAAGGGGAGAAUCAAUAUGAUUCCUGGACCUCGGUGUGUCUUAUCAUCUCUCGAGUAUGUUAAGUUAGAAAGUCCAUUGCAUGGGGAGGAGAUGGAGAUGAAACUAGUGAGUUUCAUUCUUGAGAACUCACCAAUCCUCAAGAAACUGACUCUGAGCGUGAGAAAAUUCAGAAAGGAAGAAUCUGUCAUCUUAAAGGAACUCAUCGCUAUUCCAAGACUCUCUUCCUCAUGCCAAGUGAUCGUUCUCUGAUUUUAUCUGGGGCAAUUUAGACAUUAUCUGGUAGUCAUCAGAUUUAAACUAUGAAAUUUCAAGUUUUUAUUCGUUUGUGAUGGAUGUUGAUGUGUUGAAACCUCGUAAGAAAAGCAUAUGUAUGGGUCAAAUUAGCAUCACUCCCUUUUUUUGUACUUCUUGCCAUUCCAAGGCUCUCUACCUCAUGCCAUGUUUUGGUUUUCUGAUCCUUGUCGUUGUCUAUGAUUCUUCUUUAUUUCUUGUUUUCAUGAUUAUCUUACCUUGUAAGGAUAAAUGUUAUUGCUUCCCUUCUCUUA